AUGUGCCACACAUGCACCCAUAUGGUCCGUGUCUCUCACAUCCCGCAGUAUCAUUUUCAAGGCUUCCAGGCCCUGGUGCCUCCAAAGGUCAUAUAUACCGUCUCUUUUUUGUUGCAGCCACUCCAAGAGCCACAACCUGGAGACCUGAUUGAGAUUUUCCACAUUGGCUAUGAGCACUGGGCCCUCUAUGUGGGUGACGGCUACCUGAUCCAUCUGGCUCCUCCAAGUGAGUACCCCAAGGCUGGCUCCUCCAGCGCCCUCUCAGUCCUAGGCAGCAGUGCAAUAGUGAAGCAGGAGCGCCUGGAGGAUGUGGUGGGAGGCUGUCACUAUCACAUCAACGACAGCUUGGUCCGUGAGUACAGACCACGGCCCAUUCAGGUGAUCAUCAAUCCUGCGAAGCAGAUGGUUGGUUGGAAGAUGAAGUACAGUAUUGUGAGCAGGAACUGUGAGCACUUUGUUACCAAGCUGAGAUAUGGCAAGGCCCGCUGUAAACAGGUGGAAAGGGCCAAGGCUGACAAAGGUGUGGCCAUGAGUCUUGGAAGUCUGGCUAUUAUUAUUGGAUGCUCUUUUGCGAUUGGGAGAUACCGAAACCAGUGA